UCUCUCUCUCUCUCUCUCUCUCUUUCUUUCUCUCUCGAUCUUUGAUCACUCCUAGUCUCUCCUUCCCAGCGCCGACCCGCGACCCGCGACCUGUGAGCUUCUUCUUGCCGUUUUGAGUCUCGAUAGCACAAACUAGAUCCCCGCCUCGAUUCCAAAAGCUUCAACAAAUGGAUAUGGUCGAUGAGGGCCUUAUGAGUAUUUUAGAUAUGUGUAAAGGAUUAGAAAACAUAACUUUCCGAGUAGCAUCCAAAACGGAUUGGGUCGAUGCAAAGUGCCUUGCAGGAGACGGAAUUCACCUCAAGGUGCUAGAAAAUGAAGUGCUUCUCAAGAUGAUCAAUGAGAUGCUCAAGGGACUGUCGACGGGAAUGACAGAGAGGAUUGCUGGAUAUAUACUUAUACUUGUGUGGAACAUGAGAUCCGAAUCUGACAACAGUAGGCGCAUCUUUCCGGAAAAGAGCCCAAGUAAUCAAGGGAUAGAUGUUGAGGCCCUUUCUCACACAGUUGUAUCACCCCCAGGGACAAUCCCCAUCAAGCUUUCUGCAGUAGGGCGAAACAGUUAUUCCCUAAAUGAGUGUGUCAGAGUUGGAUGUUUUCUUGCUGCCUCUCUGUUAAAAUUGUUCAGAAGAACUGCAUACUCUUGGGACAAAGUCAAGUUUCAUAUACAGAGAGCGUACACUAACUAUACUAAGGAACCGUGGCCAUUGAAAGACCUCAAUAUCGUCGCCAGUCAUGUUGGAAAACUCUCUCAUUUAUGGGAAUAUAAUACCAUAUUCAGGGACACCCUGGGAUCCAUUCUAUACUCCAUAGGAGACCUUGAAGAGGGUCGAGGGAUGGUUACAAUGCUCUUUGCAGGGCAUCUUGCAUACACUGGAAUGCAUAUUGUCGAUUUGUUCUGCAAAGCUGUAACAGGUCUUCAGUGUCAACCGACUGAUUUGAUGAAAGCCUUACACUUACAUACAUCCAUGUAUAAGACUAUUCUUGAUGAGCUAAGAAUUAUAAUUGAAUCAUAUAUAGGGUCGGAGGAAGAAGAUAAAAAGAGACAGACGUUCCAGUAUGCAAGACUGUUCGACAGUCAAAUGUUCAAUAAUCUACAAUCGAAGAAAUGUGCCCAUCUAGUCUGUAUCUUAGCGUACCUUUGUCAACAAUGUGGCAGUGCAGGAACUGGAGACGUAACCCAAAUUGCAGUGAUAGCAACCAUUGGGCAAGAGGCUAAGGGCAGGUUCAAGGCAAUUGCAAUCAACAUCUACAAUUAUAUCGUUACCAAUAAUGAAAUAGAAAAAUAAGCCCACCAGUGAGAGUCCUUCUCACCAUAGUGUGAGUUUCAGCUUUCUUCUCCGUUUUCCUGCGUAGCCGCUAGCCCUGUUAUGGCUAAGGUCGGUGGCAGUCCAUGCUUUUCCUAUUUUCUUCUUCUUUUCUUUUCCCUUUUUCUGGUAUGCAAUAAGCUCAUCCCCUUUUCUGUCCUUAUCUACACCUUUCUUGCAUCUAUUUUCACCAUUUAGAUCCCAAAUUCCAUAUCUUCCCCUUCCUAUACCAUCCUCACCAUUUGGCCUCAUUAUCUUUCUAGUAAAUCUCAAUUCAAUUCGCCUACCUUUUCUUGUGAUUUUUCACAUUUUAAAGGGACCCUUGUUGAUUUUUGUUGGUCUUUCCCGGUGUUCGCCCUUGUUGGCGAUGUCGUUGCUUGGAUAUUUCUUCUUAUGGGCUUCCUUUGUUUCUGGGUGGCGUUCGUUUUGGUGGUCUGUGGAGGAUGAUGUGGCCUUAUUCUUUUUCAACUUUGGCUUUCUGGAUGGUGAUGGGGGUUGGCUUCUAUGCUUCGUUCUGAGGUGUGUCAGUGCUGGAUGGAGUUUCUAUAGUAGCUUUAGAAACUUUGGGUUCUAUUUUGUGGUUUGUGUAUGCUAGGCUACAAACUAGACUUGGGCUUGUUUGUUUUUUGUGUAUUUGAGAUCCACGUUGUUCCUUGUAAUUAGUGUGUUCAUGUACCUCUUUAUGUGUUUUGUUAUUGUGAUAUCUUCUUGUUGGUAAUAUCUUCUUUGUAAUUAGUGUGUUUAUGGACCUCUUUAUGUGUUU